AUGCCUCAAUACGAUACUUCACCAUGGCCGGUCAAAGACAUCGUCUACACUGCCAUAGUAGGCUCGGUAAUGCUUGCCGCAUUCCUCGAGUGGUUUCUUUGGUUGGCAGCUUUUAUGUAUUGUCUGUUUAAGGUCUUCCAGAAGGCCGAACACUGGGUUUUCUACAGAGCUAUAUACCUUCCCAUCAUGGUUGUCACGCUUCCUCUACCACCAGGAGUUACUCAAUACUUUCCUAUACAAAUGGUCACCAUCCUUCAAUGGUUCGGUUUUUGGUCGUUUGCUGCCCUUUUGACGAUUCCAUGGCUCUUCUGCGUAUACCAAAUUGUCACUCAUUCCCUGGGACGAACGAAACGUAUAAAACAAGUGUUGGAUGAGCAUUCAGCACCAAAAGUUGUGAUUGUCAUGCCUUGUUAUAAGGAAGAACCAGAUAUAUUGGUAACAGCUAUCGAUUCAAUCGUGGAUUGUGAUUAUCCUCCUUCCUGUAUUCACGUCUUUCUUUCCUUCGAUGGGGACCAAGAAGAUGAGUUAUAUCUCAAGACGAUCGAGGCAUUGGGGGUUCCGCUAUCUCUGGACUCCUACCCAAAAAGUAUUGAUGUUACCUACCGAACGGCCCGCAUCACAGUUUCCCGAUUUCCCCACGGUGGAAAGCGUCAUUGCCAAAAGGCUACUUUCAAGUUAAUUGACAAGGUCUAUACCGAAUAUUUGAAGCGCAAUGACAAUCUGUUCAUCCUUUUCAUCGACUCUGAUUGUAUCUUGGAUCGUGUUUGUCUCCAGAACUUCAUGUACGAUAUGGAACUGAGCCCGGGGAAUACCAGAGAUAUGCUUGCAAUGACAGGGGUUAUCACUUCAACUACAAAGAAACACAGUCUUAUCACUUUGCUCCAGGAUAUGGAAUACAUUCACGGCCAACUCUUUGAGCGAACGGUUGAGUCAGGUUGUGGUUCCGUCACGUGUUUACCAGGAGCUCUAACGAUGCUACGGUUUUCGGCUUUCCGCCGCAUGGCCAAGUAUUAUUUUGCUGACAAGGCAGAGCAAUGUGACGAUCUCUUUGAUUACGGUAAAUGUCACCUGGGGGAGGAUAGAUGGCUGACUCAUCUUUUCAUGAUUGGAGCAAAGAAGAGAUACCAAAUUCAAAUGUGUACCUCUGCUUUCUGCAAGACCGAAGCUGUUCAAACCUACAGAUCAUUGAUUAAGCAGCGUCGCCGUUGGUUCUUGGGGUUUAUCACCAAUGAGGUUUGUAUGUUGACUGACAUCAGAAUUUGGAAGAGAUAUCCAAUUUUGGCCGUUGUCCGAUUUAUGCAAAACACGAUCCGAACAACAGCUCUACUUUUCUUCAUCAUGGUGCUCUCGAUUAUUACAACUACAAAGAAAGUUCAAGAUCUUCCCGUAGGGUUUAUUGGUAUUUCACUUGGCCUUAAUUGGUUGAUGAUGAUCUACUUUGGUGCUAAGCUCAGACGUUUCAAGAUCUGGCUCUACCCAUUGAUGUUCAUUAUCAAUCCUUUCUUCAAUUGGUAUUAUAUGGUCUAUGGAAUUUUCACGUGUGGGCAACGAACCUGGGGAGGACCUCGAGCAGAUGCUGGAGCUGCUGAUUCUACCAAAACCCCACAACAAGUUAUCGAAGCUGCUGAGGAGGCUGGAGAUGAGCUUAAUGUCAUCCCUGAAACAUUCAAACCCGCCGCCGAAGCUCGAAACAACCAAAUUGUUCGGCGCCCAACCCUUCCAUUGUUGCCUCCAGACCGUCUCGAAGGUCGUUUCGCAGCUGCAGAAAGACUUCCUGGUGGAUGGUACGAACAUGUCAAUGACUCUCUCAAUAGCGUCGCUGCUGGACGUGUUCUACCUCCUGGGAGAAACCCUACGGCAUCCAGAGACUCUUUCGAUAGUUAUGUAUCUGGGUUUACUGGUACGAAUUCAGUGUACAUGCCAAGACGAGUGGAAAGUAUCAUGGGAGAAGAAGAUAGAAAGAAGUAUGAGAUUGCUCAAGCCAAUCAAAAGGCACCAGCUGGAGCAUACUACAAUCAAGGAUACGUCUAUGAAAUUUCUGAUGGACCAGAAGCUAAAGGUGGAUUUCAGGAUUCACUAGAAUCGUUGGGGUCCUUGGAGGGAACAACAUCCAACUCUUUGGCAGUUCCCCAAGCAUCUUCGUACCGGAAUGGGCGAAGUCCUUUGGGUCGUAUGUCUUUGAUACGCUCCACUUCGAGGGAUGAAUCGAUUGAGCUGGAAGAUCAGCGUUCAAACAGUUCAAACUCCCCCGAACCAAAACCACAACGUCGAGAAUAA